CCUAUCCAGCGAUGCAGCCGCCCCCUGCCCUGCCGCUUCGUGUGGUGCGGCCGGCGUAUCCGGGAGCUGUGGGGCACCAGGCUAGCGUGCCGGCGCCACCGGCAAACAACGCUGUCCACGAGUCGGCGUACGCGCUACCGCGGCCGCCCAUGGGCCUGGGCACGGCCAACCUGCCCAGCCGCGUGAGCCGUCCCAAGCCGGAGGAGCCGCGCUGCGACCGCUUCUCCGAAGACAUCUGCCUCGACGACUUCGAGUACCCGACGGCAGCCAUCCUGGACGCGAUCAGCCGGCAGCGAGCGCGCUUCGACACCAUGUACGCGGAGGUCCGCGAUCGGAGCCCCCAGGUGGACGGCGUGACGCGCAAGCAGGAAGAACGCUACACGCAGCGCCACUACUUUGGCGCCGCCGAACGCGACAGCCGUCCACGGGACUACGCGCCCGAGGGCGGGUUCCUCUGCCCGUCGGAGAUCCUGUACGAGCGGCCGCGCCGGGCCCGCAACCACCUAGGCGUCUGGAAGGUCAUCGUCAACAUUGGCGAGUACCGCCAGACCAUGCGCCUGGAGAAGUGCCUGAGACCGAAUCAGCCAUGCUCGUACGUCCUCGAGAAAUACCAGAGCUCGUGCAGCCAAGUGUACAGCUACCAGCGGCUACUCACCUUCGAGAAAGGCAAAGGGCUGCACAUCGACAUCUUCCGCGUCCCGUCAGGCUGCUCCUGCCACGUGAAGGGCUUCAGCCCCUACCAACGCCACGAUGAGCCGGUCGCACCGAUACGGCAACAGCCGCCGUUCGAGUAUGACCGCACCACGUACACCAGUGCAACUAGCCUGGCCGCUGCCAAAGAGCCCAGUAAUGGAAGCGGGAAAGGGAACAACACGCUCUGGAUAAUCUUGGGCAAUGGAAAAGAUCUCGAUCCGGAAACCAAGGAGCGGCUCGUACAACAGCUCAGGCAGUACCCGCAGCUUGCCGAGCAGUUGCCGCAGGGAGAGAACGUCCGAGAGCUGGUGAACGAGGCGGACGAGUACCAGAGGCCGUACACGAGGACCGAGCCAACCCGGGUCCCCGGCUACGGGGUCCACCACUACGGCAGCACCCACAAGACGCGAGGGGAGAGACCGCAGCUGCUGAAUGCCGGCGCCGUGCCGCCUCGCUGGGCGCAGGGCCCCGUGGCGAACGAGCCCUUCAAGUACGUGCAGCCCAACCGCAUACGGAGGCCCCCGCCUCCUCCACAGCCGCCCAGUGACUACGAGGCUGAGGAGGGCCUCCCGCCCGGCGCCAGGCCGCGCUACUAUCAGAAGCCCUUUAAGGCGUCUGAGGAGGACGCACUGUUUACGAGGUACCACGAACCGGCGCGGGAGCGGCACCCGCACGUCGGCCAGGCGUCGCAAGGCUCGGCGGACGUGCGGCUGGCCCACGGGCAGAGCGCGGCGCCGCGGGGCGACGUGCUGCUCGUGGAGCCGGUGCGCCAGAGGCCGUACGGCAAGCGCUUCCAAGUGGUCACCACCACCGAGCCGUCUACGACCAGGGACGUGGCGAAGAAGAUCAACUUCUCCUAUCACCCCAUCAUCGACUACAUCACCAGAUAGCCGCCGCGCGGAGCAAUCUCGUUCAUCCGUUUCGACGUCAUGCUUGCCCUUUUGUUGCCCCCACUUUCUUUUCGCUCACACGAAAGUGGCUGAUCGAUGCGGUAACCGUAGUCAAGGUGUACGCCCUCGUGCGCGGGACACCAUGGGAUGCACCCGCCGUAUACCAUCCAGUGCUUCAAGGCCGGACUCGACACCCGCAGCAUCAUAGCCGCACGGUUUAUAUCACCUGGCGCCCCGUGAUUGCUUUUUUUUUUGUCGAGCUUACAUUAAUUGUGCGAGCGAAAUGCAAAAUAACGUCCCGUAAAACUUCGACACUUAAUGGCCUAAAAAAGAUCAAUGGCGGUACAAUGGUCAAACGCUGUUCGGUGAUGGAACACUGAACUAAAGUAACACUCAACCACGGAGUUCCCACAAGGGCGUCCAGUUA